AUAGCUGAAGUUAAAGAACUCCAUUCUGAAUUGAUGUGGAAGGACUUUAUAGACCACAUUAGUAAAUUAUUGCACAGUGUGGAGGUGGAAGUUAGCUACUUUGCAGCAGGGAUUAUCGCUCAUUUGAUAUCUCGAGGAGAGCAGGCCUGGACAUUAAGUCGCAGCCAGAGGACAUCUCUCCUUGAACAGCUGCAUUCUGCCAUUUUGAAUUGGCCAACCCCAGAAUGUGAGAUGGUGGCUUACAGGUCUUUCAAUCCGUUUUUUCCGCUACUUGGCUGUUUCAUGACACCUGGUGUCCAGUUGUGGGCAGUGUGGGCCAUGCAGCACGUCUGCAGCAAAAAUCCUGCCAGGUACUGCAGCAUGUUAAUUGAAGAAGGUGGUUUACAGCACUUAUACAACAUCAAGGAAAAUGUCCAGACUGAUCCACACGUCCAAAGGAUUGCUAUUGCCAUCCUGGAUAGUUUGGAAAAACACAUUAUGCGUCAUGGGAGACCACCUCCAUGUAGAACACAGCAACAAAGUAAACCAAACUGAAAGCUGCAGGUAUAGGAGUGUAAAGUAUUGUCUCUGUAAUAAUCCUUUCUGAUGUGUGUGUAGUUGGAGUAACUUGUAAUAUAGUGGUCACCAUUAAAGUGAUUUUGCCGAUAAUUGUGGUACCCAGAACCAUGUACAGUAACCUUUGGUGAAUGUCAACUUUAAUGGCAACCGCAUAUGCAACUUGUAAAGGGUCACUGCUUGGGCUGGUCAUACCUGUAGGAUUACUGCUGGCUACAAAGAGAUGGGACUUGUACAGAUCAAUAUGCACAUCUGAAAAAAAGACUAGGAAUAUCUUGUUUUGUGACUUCUGGGAGAGAAAGUUGUUUCAUCCCUAUGAUUGCUGUUCAUAACACUGUUUACCCAUUUGGUGUUUGAAUAGAACUGUGUGUGGUUGUGAGAUUCGACACUUUUACAGAUUAAAACAAAAGUACAUGCAUGCA